CGGAAAGAUCUUGUCACACUGUGUCCUGUAUCCGAGCUAUGGAUUGGCCACACCGUCACAUGAUCUCAUUACAGCAACGUUUCAUUUAAACAUAUAGAGCUCUCAGAAGACCUGGGUGCUGUGGUUACCAGGGGCAACGAGGGGGUACCAGGGAGUCAGGUAUGAAAAGCUACAGCUUACUACAUGUCACACCAGUAUGUCCACCCAUGGUGUAUUGGGCCAUCUGCUCUGUCUCUAUGUUUAUUUUAACUAUUCUUCUUCUGUUUUUACUGUUUUCAUUAUCAUCAUGUAUAUAGCUCCAGCAUAUUCCCCAGUGCUUUACACUCCCUCUGUGGAUGUAGAAAACUGUUUAUAAUUGGCAAAUUACAUUGGACAGAACAAUAGAUUGCAGGUUAGUUUGAACAGGGUCCUUAGUACAUUUGUAGCAGUGUGUCUAUUUGUUCGCUGUUUUAUGGUAUCCUAAUAUCAGGUAUUGUCCAGUGCUGCGGAAUAUGAUGGCACCUUUUUAUAAAUGUAAAUUUAUAGUACUUAGAAAUAAAGUAAGCCAUGUAGAAAUAGCUUACGGGGUACAUUUGAAUGUUGAUUUAUUCUCUACCUUUUUCAAAACUUACCUGCUGAAAUACCUGCAGUUUUUGUGGUGACUAAAGACAUGUAAAAUUAGGAAAUGUUUAUAGGUAGUUUAAUUAAUCUCUGGUUAUACUAAAUCUAUGUAUAUUUUAGUGUAAUUGACCUUGUGUUUACUGAAGCAUGAUUAAAAAAAAAAAAACAUAAUUAUUUUAUCAUUAUUUUAUUAUUUAUAUAGCGCCAUCAGAUUCCAUAGCGCUGUACAAUGGGUGCAUUACUUUUACAUAUAUAUCAGAAGAAAAUGAAACUAGAUCUCUCUCUACUGAAAACAUAUAUUAGAAAGUAUGCACAACAACUCAAUUUAGUAAGCCUUGUAUGAUGAAUGACAUGACAACAAAGUCACUGAAAAUUGUUCACAAAAGUCAGAAUGUACCAGACAUGUUUCUCCAUUGACAGAGUGCACUUGGUCUUGUCUGAGAGAUGUGUGCCACAACAACAUGUGGAAUUCCAACACAAGUUUAAAGGGACACUAUAGUCACCUGAACAACUUUAGCUUGAUGAAGCAGUUUUGGUGUAUAGAACAUGCCCCUGCAGCCUCACUGCUCUGCCAUUUAGAAGUUAAAUCCCUUUGUUUAUGAACCCUAGUCACACCUCCCUGCAUGUGCCUUGCUCAGCCUUCCAUAAACACUUCCUGUAAAGAGAGCCCUAUUUAGGCUUUCUUUAUUGCAAGUUCUGUUUAACUAAGAUUUUCUUAUCCCCUGCUAUGCUAAUAGCUUGCUAGACCCUGCAAGAGCCUCCUGUAUGUGAUUAAUGUUCGAUUUGGAGAUUGUGAUACAAUUAUUUAAAGGACCACUAUAGUGCCAGGAAAACAUACUCGUUUUCCUGGCACUAUAUUGCCCUGAGGGUGCCCCCACCCUCAGGGUCCCCCUCCCGCCGGGCUGGAUGGAGAGGAAGGGGUUAAACUUACCUCUUUCUCCAGCGCCGGGCGGGGAGCUCUCCUCCUCCUCUCCUCCUCUUCGGUGAAUGCGCAGGAGCGCGCACGCAUUCAGCCAGUCCAUAGGAAAGCAUUCACAAUGCUUUCCUAUGGACGCUGGCGUCUUCUCACUGUGAAAAUCACAGUGAGAAGCGCGGAAGCCCUCUAGCGGCUGACAAUGAGACAGCCACUAGAGGCUGAUUUUAACCCAUUUAUAAACAUAGCAGUUUCUCUGAAACUGCUAUGUUUAUAGAAAAAAGGGUUAAACCUAGCUGGACCUGGCCCCCAGACCACUUAAGUAAGUGGUCUGGGUGCCUAUAGUGGUCCUUUAAGGUAAAUUACAUCUGUUUGAAAGUGAAACCAGUUUUUUUUUUUUUUCAUGCAGGCUCUGUCAAUCAAAUCCAGGGGAGGUGUGGCUAGGGCUGCAUAAACAGAAACAAAGUGAUUUAACUCCUAAAUGACAGUGAAUUGAGCAGUGAAAUUGCAGGGGAAUGAUUUAUACACUAAAACUGAUUUAUUUACCUAAAGUAAUUUAGGUGACUAUAGUGUUCCUUUAACAUAUAAAAGAUAUCCGGCUCAUCAGUUGUUUUUUUUGGGGGGAGGGGGAGGAUGAGUGACCGUAUUUGCAUUCUUUUUGGAUACUUUGUAGAGUCGAUCUUCUAAGACUGAACGCACAUAUUCUGUGAGAGCCAUGUUCCAGUGAUUGCGUGGUUCACAAGACAGCCAUAUGUUUGCAGAUUCUGUACUGUCAGUUUACUCAGUCUCAAUGUGUAGUAGAGAGGGAGAGGAGCUGCUUAGUGUUCCCAACAUUUUGACACAGGUCAGUUUAGCAAUCCCAGUACAGAUAUGUAUUCAGAAAUUUCAUGGCCACCAAAAAUAAUUACACUUUAUACAUCCUAUUAAAACAAAAUGUCUUGUACCAGACUUGUCACAAUUAAAUGAUAAUUGUUGGAAAUUGAAAGACCAUUCAAAGUGAAUUUCAAAUUUAAAGAAGCACUGUCACAGUCUUUGGACUUUGCUUAGUUCGCGAAGAAACCCCAACGGUGACAUUGCCGCUGGGUGUCUGGUCGCCGGGAGGGGGGGACAGGUAAAGGUGAAAUUUACUUGCCUGAACUCAUGGGUGCUGCUAUCUUCCUCCUGCUCUGCGCCAGGAGUCGACAUCACUGCUGUACUUGUGUGUGCGUGAGGUCUGGAUUGUAUUUUCAGCGAAAUUCGAAAAAAAAAUUAAAAGGAGAUUCUAUCUUCAUGAAAUACUAAUUUGUCAGGUGGAUGAAGUGCCAAUUUAAGGCCAAAACAGCCAAUCUGGAAACAUUUCUUCAAGUCGGCAAUGCUUCCACUUCAGCUACUUUCACGUGAACUUUGAAAUAUACUUUGAAUAACCCAGUAAGUAUUACCAGCCGGUGUUCAUGUAAUUUACCCUCCAGCCACUAAUUUUUGAGUUGAUGAUAAUAUUUGUAGUGGACUUGUGAUUGGCUAUAAAAUUUUUGCCAAAAAGUGGUAAAUCUGGUGGUAAUUUGUAGCUGCUACCAGCCCUUGUUAAAGGGAAACUAUAGUGCCCCCUCUCUCAUUCCCCAUCCUCCCACCUCCAACAUCAUCUGGCGAGGAUGACCUAAUGCAGGGGGUGGGUGGGGUGGUGUGUGUUUGUGUGUUCAGAAAGUAAUCAGACCCCUUCAUUAUUUUCACUUUAUUAUGCUUCAAUUGUUUAACUAGUUUUUUUUCCCCCGCAUAAAUCUGCACUCAGUAACCCAUAAUCACAAAGCAAAAACAGAUUUUUGAAAAUGUUGAAAACUUCUAAAAAAGAAUAAAGAAUAUCAUGACAUGAGUAUUUAGACCCUUCGUUAUGAAACUUUAUCUUAGAUGCAUCCCAUCUUUGAGAUAUUUGUAUACUUUGGAGUCCACCUGUGACAAAUUCAAUUGAAUGGACAUAAUUUGGAAAGGUUAUGCACCUGUCUACAUGCAUUCUCACAGCUGUAAAUGCGUGUCAGAGCAAAAUCCAAGCCAUGAGGUCAAGGCAAUUACCUGUAGAGCUCAGAGACAGGAUUGUGUUUGGUCACAGAGCUGAGUGAGGAAGGCUACAAACAUUUUUGGAAUAAUCAGGACUCUUCUUAGAGCUGGUGGACCUGCCAAACUGAGCAGUCAGGAAGAAAGGCAUUGGUAAAAGAGGAGACUAAGUACAUGAUAGGUGAGCUGUGGAGAUGGGAGAAACCAGAUGGAAGCCUCUACUCACUGCAAGACACAUGAAAGUAUGCUCGGAAUUAGCAAAAAAGCACCUAAACCUCUCAUACUUUGAGAAACCAGAUUUUCUGGUCUCAUGUUAAGAAGACUGAAAUGUUUGGUCGCAAUUCUAAAUGUCAUGUCUGGAGGAAACUAGGCACUGCUCAUCAUCGGCACAAUACUAUUCCAAUGGUGUAGAAUGGCGAUGCUGGUAGAUGUGUCAAGGUUGAAGGAAGUUUGAAGCCACCAUAUUAGGGUCACCUUGGUUACACCUGAUACCUUGAUCAGCCGACCACCUACAUCUGGAGAGUGUAACAGUUUGCGGCAAUCUGUUUAGACAGCUAGCUGGAGAAGUAAUUGAAAGCACAAAGUUCUGGUGCAAUUAAAGAGUUUUUUGUUUAUUAAGCAAAACGUCAGGGUUUUUUCAGGGCAUUUAAUUCAAUGUAUUCCAAUGAGUGGUAUAAAGCUAAACAAUUUUAUUGACUAGUUCAUUAUCUGUCUUUCACAGUUUCAUGACGUAAAGAAGGUGUUGCUGGACUUAUUGUGUAACACUUAACCCUUUGGUAUGCUGUUUCAUAUGACGAUCAUUUAGUUUUAAGAAUCUCACAGACAUAUUCUUAAAGUGGCACUGUCACUUCCCCCUUCCACCGAAAAAUUGGUAUUUCAUAAAGAUAGAAUCUUUAUGAAAUACUCAUUAUGACUGUAUUGGAAUAUCACAGAAAUUCCAACCUAGUCAAGAGAUAAACAGAGUACUACUUUGUCUAUGUAUUUCUUCUCUGCCUGACUUUCUUAGACUGAGGGAAGAGUCAAGUGUCAAUCCCCACAGCCGUCACGGGAUCCUCUAUAGACCUCAAUGCUGUACUGUUGCGCAUGCGCGAGAGUACAGCAGUGACAUUGGCUCUUGGCACAAAAAGGAGCAGUCUGAGAAAGCUGGUAACACCUGCGAUGGACAGGUUCAGGGAAGUAAAACUCAGCUUAUUUGCCACCCCCCCCACCUCGGCAAUGUCGCCGUCAGGGGUCUUUGUGAAUUCUGUGCCGCUUUAAUGAAAACCUGGUUGAGAGUGCUCAGAAUUUAGAUUGGGCCAAAGGUUCACCUUCCAACAGGACAGUGACUCUAAGAAUACAGGCAGACAAUACAAAAGUGGCUUAAGGACAACUCUGUGAAUGACCUUGAGUGGCCGAUUAACAGCCUGGACGUGAACUCAAUCGAGAAUCUCUGGCAGAAAAAGUACCCAGGUCCCGGUGUGCAAAGUUUGUUGCAGCAUGCCUAAAAAGUGUUGAGGAUGUGUGUGUAUAUAUAUAUAUAUAUAUAUAUAUAUAUAUAUAUUAUAUCUGUGUUAAUCCUCGUGCACACAUUUGGGGAAUGGUUGUGGUGGUCAGAGGGGGAGCAUAUGUACAUGUCUAUGUAUGUGCAUGCAUUGCAACAAUUUAGGGUCAAACUUGCACUCAACAUGCAGUCAAACUUGACACUCAACAAACCACAUGCCAGUUCAUGUAUAUCAAGUGUUCAAGUUUAAACACACCUGGUUUGCAUCAGGUGUACUUGAGACUGUAGCGGAGCUGCAAUCCUAAGUUACAAGAUAUGCUCUGGAGCUGGAAAGAACCGCUGUUCAGUGGUUAUAGCCCAUUCCCCUAGUAACUGGAUGACACACAGUUCUGGGAGUCAACUGGUUUUUAUUAGCCUGCACAUUGCUUUUAAUGCACAGCCCCAUAGUAUGGGGUCUCUAUAGCAAAUUUACAGUGGUUUUUAACAAGAGUCUCUGGAUCUGAGAGAUAAUUGAGCUAGGAAUUAUGAUAACUCAAUUAUCUCUCAGUUACAGGCAAUACAGAAAAUAUUACAAAACACCAAAAAAAGUAAUAAAACAUUACAGAAUAACCACAAUUCUUAUAUCCCUGAAUAGCCUGUGUCUGAGUGACCAACAUAUUCGAAACGCGCUCAGAUUGGUUCGGUGGAGCGUAAUCUCUAUUCAGGAGAAGUUCCUGUACGAACACCGACGAACGCUCUCCCUGGCUCUUAGGUAGCGAAUGCUCCUCCCAGUCAGUAGAUCCUAUCUCCUGAACGUGGUUUGUCUAGUUGGUCGGGAAGUCAUACAGGCAGUCGUACCACACUAACAGGGGUUCGCGAGUGUAUCUGAAAUUAGUUCCACACACUCAAUGACCAAGUACCGCUGCCUGUGCUUAGGAGACAAAAAAACACCCAGGGAAACCACUUGAGUUAAUUCUUUAACUGCGGUUAACAGCAGUGGUGUAUCCUGGUUUUGUGCUGCCCUAGGCACACUCACACAGUCAGACACACACACUCACUGACACACACACACACUCACUGACACACAGUCAGAAACACACACUAACAGACACACACACACACACUAGCAGACACACACACUAACAAACACACACUCACUGACACUCACACUAACAGACACACACACACUCACUUACACACAGUCAGACACACACAUACACACUAACAGACACACACUAACAGACACACUCACUCACACAGUUAAACACACACACUAAAAAACACACACACAUUAACAGACACUCACUCACUCACAUUAACACUUUAAAAAAAAAAAAAUGUAUUCACCUUUUCCCCCCCAACCUCCUUACCUUUGGGAGUGCUGGGGAGGGUUCCAUUUCCAUUGGUCCAGCCAGCUGGCGCUCUUCCCUGAGCUUCCCCUGAGGCGGUCUAGCCUCACUCUGCUCGGCGCUCAGAUCCUCCAGCGCUGCCCGCCCGGCCGGUAUGUCAGUUAGCCGCGAGGCUAACUAGGCAUUUGCCCUGGGCAUUUGGGGGGCAGCGUUUUUUGUCGCCCCCUGAAAAAUGCCGCCCAAGGCAAAUGCCUUGUUUGCCUCGCGGCUAAACGCCCCUGGUUAACAGCCAGGGGUGGUCAGUGUUCUAAGUCAAUAAACAGGGGGACCACACAAGUUCUGUUCGGUUCCAGAAAAGGGGUUACGGGUCUGUUCGGCAGAAUUAAAUAUAGAUUCGGGCAACCUCAGGGAAUGAUACCAGCUCCGCCACCGAGACAACACCUGCUUUGCAUAUUUGUGCUGUUGUGAUGGAUUAUAUGCUGUUGAAUAAUUUUGAAACUGGAGAAGUCAUUAUAAGUUGCAUUUUCUGUUAAAUUUGGAGAAAACACUUAAAGUAUUCAUUGUGUUGACUUGGUUGACUUGUUCAUUGCAAACAGCUGAAAGUCUGUAAAUUUUGACAAUAAUCCUGCUUUUCAAUGAGUGUUGUUAUUUUAAUUGCAACUAUAUGUGUGAUGUGUGUUGGCUGUCUAUGUGUUGUUGGUGAGUGCUGAAUGUAUGUAAUGAAUGCGUGGUGUGUGCUGGCUGUGUGUGAUUUGUGCGAUGUGUGUGUGUGUGCUGGUUGUAUGUGGUGUGUAAAAUGUACAAGUAAGUUAAAAUAAAUAAUUGGAGAAAUAUUCCUGUGAGUCUCCAUGGGGCAGUAAGGCAAUACUUGUUGAUGUACUGCUAGUAUAGAUGGUAGCCACCCACGCAGCAGGGGGAAUUGUGGGAGCAUUGAUCCCAUGCCUUCUCUCUGUACUCUGGAUCAUGUGAGCUUUCUGUAUCCUGCACACCUCACAGGUAAAAUGACCUGUAAAAAUACAAACCUGUUAUGACCAUUAUACCAGUUCCCUUGGGUCGAGUCAGAUGAUCUCCAAGUCUGAGCCCCCUUCUCUCUGCCUCUCUCUUGCGCAGAGCUCUGUGUUCUCUGGGAGGAAGUGAUAGGCUGUAAUUUCCUGCCAUGCUGCCGAUAUCUCAGGUGCCCAGUCAGGCUUUUAAAGGACUGCGGCACCUGACCAGGCCCCUGAAAACUAUUUUGCCAUCGGUGGUAUGCCCUUAUUCUAUUGGCCCUGGUGAGGUAGUUCUGCCACUGAUGCCACGGUAACAUUAACAGCAUGCAAGAGAACAACUCAAACAAUUAUUCCGUUACAGAACAUUGUCUACUCUCCCCUUCUUAUAAUGAUAAAUAAAACUGUUUACGGUUAUGAAAUUUAUCUUGCACUGGGCAUGUGGUCACUCAUCUGAAUCACCAGAUGCAAAGCAAUUUGCAUUGAAUUAAAAAGCAAAACCAUAAGCAAUUAGUCUGAGGGAAAAAAAAAAAUCACUGCUGUAAGUGUAUUUUCAGCAUUGAUAUUGAUGGAAUUAUAAACCACUUAACAUCAAUGAUAUAUCAUGUUUUCUUCCAUAUUGGUCACGAAAGACCUUAGUACGGAAUGUCCUACUUAUUCAGAACUGCACUGUUAACAUUUACAUGGAGUUUAUUUCUGUGAAACAACGACGCUGGACGUCCUCACGUUUUGCAUGAAGAUAUCCAGCGUCUUCAAAUUCCCCAUAGGAAAGCAUUGAUACAAUGAAUUUAUCCAUGUUUAUUAGCUUCUCCCCAUUGCCGACGUCAGAGGAGACAUGGCCAACGCUGGAAAGAGAAAAGUGUUAAAAUAUUUUUUUAACCCUUUCCACACUGGGGAGGGACACACACAAAAACUUUAGGGCAGAGGGACACUAAAGUGUUAGGAAUAAAGUUUUGUAUACCUAAAGGUAUUGUGCCGCUUUAAGUUAAAGUUGUUUUGGUGCUGGACCCCCAUUUUUCAAUGCAUUAUGUUGAUAAUACAUUGAAAGAAGGCAAAAUGUAAAUCUAAAAAUAUUAAUAAAAAUAAUGAAGAUAUUCAUCAAUUCAUAUAUUAUUCAUGAAUAAAAUUUCCCAGUUGAAUCAUUGUUUAAUUGGACUAACUGCAUACCACAACUGCUGUUGUUUUAUACCGAGGUUUAAAGGGACACUAUAGUCACCCAGACCACUUCAUCUCAAUGAAGUGGUCUGGGUGCCAGGUCCAUCUAGGGUUAACCCUGCCUGCUGUAACCAUUCCAGUUUCAGAAAACUGCUAUGUUUACAUUUAGGGUAAAGCCAGCCUCUAGUGGCUGUCUUCUGGACAGCCACUAGAGGCGCAUCUGCGACGCUGGAGGCAUUUAAUGCCUCCAUCACGCAGACCGUCCUUUGGAAAGCAUUAAAAAUUGGUUUCCUAUGGACACUUUGAAUUCCGCUCCGCUGACGUCGGGGGAGGAGAGGUAAGGGAGCCCGGCGGUGGAAUAAGGUGAGUAACUGAAGGGGUACCCUGAGGUUGGGGGCACCCUCAGGCUACUAUAGUGUCAGGAAAACCGAUUUGUUUUCCUGACACUAUAGUGAUCCUUUAAUCUAUGUAUGUGAAUUCUGACCUAGUCAAACUUUAGGCCAAUCUGUAUGUACGGCCUGCAGACGUUGCAAUCACAUCUUGGACAAAACUGAUGUAGGCAAGCAGGGUUUAUUAUUAUGGACUUCCUGAUUGACAGUUCUAAGAGGCAGGCUUAGACAUGCAGCAAGUUUUACAAAGCGUUUCAGUUUUAAGGGAGUAACUGCAGGGUACAUGAUCAAAUUUGCGAUAAUGCAAUGUUAUGAUGGUGCUUAGAAUGACCCUUCAGCAUUUUAAAUAGAUGUUGUUUGUUAAUAUGUGAUCUAAUAAAAAUAUAUAGAUUCCACCCUCCCCCCUAAUGAUUGCCUUGUAGUAAACUCUCUUUCGUGAUUAUUGUCAUCUUUCAAAUUAACGCACUCUCAAGCUAUGUUAUCACUUGCAUGAAGCGGACUGGUGCAGAAAGUCAUUAAUAUAAAGCAGUCUUUAAAUAUUAUUUCAAGGAAAUACUAUUUUUCUUUUCCUUUGCCUUCUAUAUUCUCAUUUCAGUCCAAGGUAAUGAAGUGAAGCUGUGUGUGAGAUCUAUAGAGGUAGAAAUCAUUGUAUGUUGUGAAUAGGAAAGAGAUUUAUUGUACAAUGCUGCUGUUUGUAGGUAAAAAUCAUUCUUCAUAUUUUUAAAUUAUAAAAAAAAAUCUUCCCCCACUUCUACUAUGCACACUGUGAUUGCAUUUUUUACUUGUCUUCUUUGCAGUAAUCAGUAAGUCAGCAUAUGAUUUAUGUUGUUAUUGGAAUAUCAUAACCAAACAAGUAUCUAUAGCUGUUACAAAAUCUGCAGCGUUUACCAGAAGGCUAUUAUAUGUGGAAAAGCAGGAAAAUGUAAAUUGUCCGGAUUCCUCCAAUGAUGUGGACAAAAUAUAUAUUUAAAAUAGAACGGGCUAUUGUGAAAGUAAAUAAAAUAAUUUGUUAGUAUUUAGCUGACUAUACCUGAUGAAAACCUUUUAAUAAACAGGUUUAUAAUAGUACUGGCAUAUAAAUCACUGGUUUGUUUUUUGUCUAUUUAAUUUUUCUUCUACAAACGUUGUCACUAUAACUUUAAUUUGGGCAUUUGGUUAACAGUUUAAUUCUGUAUUUAAUAAUACACUUGACUUAAAGGGUUACUUCAACCAAAAAACAGUGUUUUCAUAACACUUUCUAUGGUGUUUAGCCCACCCUAAACGCAUAGCAAAAAAAAAUAAAAAAAAGCUUAAAGGACCACUGUAGUGCCAGGAAAACAACAAACUUGUUUUCCUGGCUCUAUAGGGUCUUUAGGUCACCCUCAGGGUCUGGGUGCCUAUAGUGGUCCUUUAAACAUACCUGGUUUCCAUCACUGAGGCCAAGUUCUCCCCUUCAGCCGGAUACUUCUUGGCUGACAUCAUUCCCCUCAUGGGGGGUGGGGAGGGAGGAUUGACUGCCGGAGGAUCGGAGCAGUACAGAAGGGACAGACGUUUGGGCAUUGGCUGUCUGCUGUGCAUGCUGGAGUCCGAUGUGAAUUUUGCACAGAAUUGCGCCUUUGGCAGCAGAAGGAUUAAUCUCCGUAUGUGCAGCAUUUCAAAUCAAAACACAGCACAUACAGACUCAAGGUACCAUGACUAUUUCAAAUCCCCUCUCUCUUCCAUCAGGCUUGCUUGAUGUUGCUGGGUAUCCUGCUGCACGGCACAUCUGGUACCGAAGGACGGCAGCUCUGUGUCUUCUCGGCUCCUGGCCUGUCUGGGAGCCCGUGCUCCAUGUCCACGAAUCUUCUUAAUUAUUGCAGGCUAAUCGUGGGCCCGCGGGUUCACCGGAAUGCAGAGUAUCCCCCAGGUGUGUGGACGACGAGCUGGAGGCACCUCCACGUGGGUCUCCGGCCCAGUAGAGAGACAAGAAGCCGGAACAUCACUCCGGAUUGGCUAUGCAGCAGGUGGGGUGAGUAUAGCGGCUCUGCUGUAGGUGUGAUUCCAGAACUUUUGGCAGACCGCAUCAAAUCUCUGAAGGAAGUGCUUUUUCCAAUUUUGGUCCAGUGGGUCUGCCUGGUCGUGAUGAGGGUUCUGCACAGUGGCCAUAUUGGUCGCACCACACGGUUUCAAGAAUUGCAGGCUUGUCAGCUUGAAGUACAGUUUUCCACUGUCCUAAUGGGGACCGGGAUGACUCCCAUCAGCCCAGGGGGAUGUAACUGGGCUUUAAGUAUGUAGCUGUAACUGGCCCGUACUGCCGCCUCUCACUGCGGCAUUCACAUCUGUCUGAACAGGCCGCAACAGAGUAGCGGUGUCACUAGUCCAAGCUUUGUGCAGGACUUGUUUAUUAAGCAGCUGGUAGCUUGGGGUAGCCAGAAACUAGACCUUUCUGUCGCAAUAUCUGGGUUUUAGCCUGAUUCCUCUGGAGCUAGUGGAAGACACGUCCGGCCAUCUUGGGCGUCAGGCCCUGUCUCGCCCCCCCUUUGCAUAGCUUUUUAUACUGAAAAUUAUACAGGAGAACUUCCCUGAAGUCUCACCGCUCAAUUCUCCACCAUUUAGGAGUUCUCUCACUUUUGUUUCUGUUUAUGCAGGCAUAUCCACACUUCCACUGACUGUGACUCGCAUAACCUGCAUGAAAAGAAAUCGUUUUAACUUUUAAUCAGUUGUAACUUACUUUAAAAGUUUUUAUUUCCUGCUCUGUAAAUUGAAAGGUAAUUACAUACAAGAGGCUCCUGCAGGGUCUAGAAAGCUAUUAACAGAGCAGGAGAUACGAAAAUAUAAAUUAAACAGUAUUUUCAAUACAGAAAGUGUAAACAUUUGAUGAAUCUUUGCAGGAAGUUUUGGAAGGCUGUGUAAGUCACAUGCAGGGAGGUGUGACUAGGGCUUCAUAAACAAAGUGAUUUAACUCCUAAAUGGCAGAGAAUUGAGCAGUGAAACUGCAGCGGCAUGAUCUACAUACCAAAACUGCUUCAUUAAGCUAAAGUUGUUUUGCUGACUAAGGUGUCCCUUUAAGGGGCAUUUUUCAUUUGGAUACUUAUAAUGCAUUUUUACCAUUAUGCAUUUGGCCAACAUUUUUUUUCUUUUUUUUCUUUCAUGUUUUUUUGAUAGGUGCACUAUAAGUAACAUAAUAACUCCACCGUGCAGUAAUUGUUACAAUGCAGGAGUACCGCCAUAACAUUUUAUAGAGUUUAUACCAGUAUCUAAGUUUUCCUUCUGAAAGCAUUUGAAACAAAAUUUAUUUUAUGUAUAUAUAUUGUUAUAUUAAUGUCUUGUGGACAUAUUCUCACUUUUAGGUAUUUUAUUUGACUUUUAGCAAGAGUUCUCUAGAGUAGUAUUAUAUUAUUACCCUUCAAUCCUGGAAGAGCUUGGCAUUUAGAAGACGUAGUAAAACUCCAGUUUCAGUGUUUAGUAUUAUCAUAAUUAUCAAGAUUACAUUUGUUGCACCAUAUAGAAAGAGAUCGAUGGGAUAGUUAAAGCAAAUGAUGUACAUAUAAAACCAUGUAUAGUUUCCACUGCAAUUAUCCUACCUUGCCAAGAAGUUAGAUAGUAAUCUGUAACAGAUAUUUGGAUCGGUCCAGUCAGACCAGAUGGCACAAAAAUAUUCCUUCCCUCUGUAUCUCGGAGUGAUCAUUUCCAAGUGAUAUAUAUAUAGCAAUUAGAAAUCGAAGUAACAGUGGAGAUAUUUAAUGAAACUAGCAUAUCAAAGAGCAUUUGCAACUGAUAAAUUUGAUAAAUAUAUUUUACGAUACUAACGCCAAUAGGGCUUCAUUCUUUUACACCCGUAAAAUAAUAUAUUUUGGUUGUUUUACUAUUCUAUUGUCUUGGCAAAAAAAAUGGUUUGUUGCAUAUGUUCUAUAAUUAAAUCGACAACUGACUGCAUGUAUUUUUAUGUGUAGAAACGUACAGGAAGAACAAUAAUUGCAGUAUCCAAUUGCUGUUGAUAAUGUUAAGGUAUUUUUGUAUGUAAUAAACCAGUAUUUACCACAUAUCAUUCUACAGUCAGAUGUGUCUGGUAAUUAUUUUUGUCUGCUCUUUACCAGUAGCACUUACCUGUGGAGAGACUGCUGUUACUUUGUGCAAACAGUAUUUAGAUUAUUCUUUUAAUUUUUUUUUAUUUAUUUUUUUACAUUUUUAACACCAACUGAAGGAGAUUUGUCUAGGAUCAGGAUAUGAUGAAGGGAAAAAUAGCGCAAAUAUCGAACAAAUAUAUUUUCUACCAGGUUUGGGCCCUAAAUAUCCCUUUUUAAAAAAAAAUAUUAUAAGCUUGCAAACAGGAUUUGUUUUCUACUGUUUACCACUCGUGUCCCACACUGCAGAAUAGAUUGGUGCUGUAUAACUAGAUUAUAAAUUUAAAAAAAAUGUAAAUAUUUAUAAAAAAUUAUUAUUUUUUUUUUUUUACAGUAGGUAAUGAUACAUUUAAACACAAUAAAUUGUUUUUAUACGCUUCGUUGAGCUUCCAGUAAUAAGAAAUGUAACAUUAAAACGUGGAUGACAAAAUAUUAGGCAUGAUUUGAAAAAUACAAACAAACAAACGCAAAAGCAUACACAUGUAUUUGCAAUCCCCUAUAUCUGUUUAGUAGAUUAGAAUUCAUUGGGAUCACAGACUGAGUGUUCUUUGCCUUGGGUAGUUUAGAAAGGCCUAAUCUUCUAACAUGAAAUCGAUUUGCUAUUCAGCCGUGGUGUUAUUCAUCCUAUGCAAACUAAACAUCUUAAUGCAACGAGUGUUUAUGUUAGAUAGUCCGUUCAAUAACCUUAUCAAGGCUAUUGUUUGCACUGGUAAAAAAUAGUAGUUUAAAUGAAAUAAAAAGAUAAUGGGACGGGGACAUACUACUUACUUUUAGCCCCAGGGUGGGAGGGACAGAGGUACACCUGUAAGGUAUGUAUAUUUACAGCCGAAACUAGCUACCUUGCACUUGCAGCGGGAGGAAGGGAUGGUAAGUACACCAGGAAGAAGGCAGUGUAAAGGUUGUUUCUUUUCGUACUAUUUUAACCCCUUAAGGACCAAACUUCUGGAAUAAAAAGGAAUCAUGACAUGUCACAUGUGUCCUUAAGGGGUUAAGAAGGUUAUGCAGUAUCAUGUUUGAUUAUAUAGCAUAGAUCUCAAUGUUCGUUUACCGUAUUCUCUGCACUGAUUGACCUUAUUUAUGUCCUUUGAAUUGUUAGCACUGAGAUAUGUUGCAGCUGGGGUCUAUUUUGGUUCAGACAUUAAAGCAUCAUCAUAAUCUAGCAGUGGGCAGCAUACUUACCGAAAGUUGCAAAGACAUGAUUAUGUGAUGAAUAGACUGGAUAAAUACCUAAUUGCACAGUGCCUAUAAAUCGUCUUUUAGCAUUUGUUAUACAUUUUUCAUUGAGUGCUGCAACAGACAACAGGAAAUCGAUUCUUCGAGUUGGUUUACACUGUAUAGCAAUCUGUCUCUAAAGUGUAGAUUCCUUUUGGUAUGUUUUUUGUUUUUUUUAAAAAUAAAUAUUUAGCCUAUUACCGGAACGAAUUUCUAUAUUUUUCUCUGCAGAUAUAUAUCACUUGUUGUUUUAUGUAACAAUUACCUUGAAAAUUGUAAAAUAACCCCUUUUGUCACUUCACCCUUUUGAUGUCCUGGAAUACCUUUUAAAUCAACAGACUCUGUCAGAACUUGGUAUUAAGGGAUGCCACUAUAAUUUUUCUCUCAGUAGAUCAUUUUUGCAUUAAUUUUCUGUACUCCAUUUUCGUCAAGGCACCUUUUGUGCUCUUAUGUCUCCGUUCAGAUCAUAACAAUCCCAGUCUUUCCUCUCUUUAGUCUGUUGUACACAAGGCCAUUGGUGAGUGCAAACGUAGCGCUGGCAAAUAGAAAUUCACCCCAGGUGACCAUGCUAUGGCUUACAGUGGCAAGUAACUUUUAAGACCUCACAGGUAGUAUAGAACUUUAAAUUUCAAGCCCUAGUAAUUAUACGAUUUAAAAUCCAAUGCAAAAUAUUAGAAUUCUAGUGUGUUUUUUUUUUUAAAAUUUAUUAAUAAUUAGGGGCCACAUUGGCCCUGAAUUUAAAGGCAUAUUUUCUUCGGAUUUUGCACUGUUCCUUUAACUUACCAUAUCUGUUCUGUGUGACCUUGUCUGUUUGCAGACCCAUAUUUUAUUUCAUUUUUAUUAUAUUAGAUAAAUAUAAUUAAAAAAAUAAAAAUGAAAUACUUGUCAGUAAGCGGGUAUGGUAGAUAUUGUCUCUCAUUACAGGGUGCAUUAAUAUGUUAAAAUUUGUUUCAGCCGGAACAACUGCUGUUACACAAAAUCACAUUAGCGGCACGAAGUGCUGUAGCAUACACAUGGCUAAAACAGGAAUUGCCUCACAUUGCAAGCGUACUAAAUCGGAUUAAAGAGAUUCGUCUGAUGGACGACCUGACAGCUAUGGUGAGGGGUUGCACUAAGGCAUUCCUCAAGCUUUAGGAACCAUGGGACAGUAGCCCUAUGGACACGUAGGCUCUCGCGUCGGCCUCUUUGCUCUCUCCCUUCCCGGUGCUCCCCUCCCCCCCCAGCGACCCGUCUUCUUCUAUUCUUCUUCUAUAGUUCUCUUCUUUACUGCUCUUCUCUAUAUUUUAUUCUAUUUGCAGGCCCUCGUCUGCAGGGCAUUCAUCACUAUGCACACCAGCACUCCCGGAACACAGUUAAAAUUCAUAGCCGUACAAUGAGAAUGUAUAUCGAUGAUAGAUGCCAAUAUGAAGUUGGUAGUUUUGGACCAAUACGACACUGCAAUCCCAGGGGCGCACAUGGAGGGUAAUCUGGGACCACUGUAGGCUGAGAUUAAUAAAAUACUACGAACACUAUGCUCAGGCCUAUGAGUGAUACCGGCACUCCUCAGUGCUAUGGAAGGUUCCUGUACUAUGUCGGAGACAUAUGCUCCAGGUUUUAAAGCAACAUGAUUAACAAACGUCAGGAGAGGGAACGAAACAUAGAGAGAAAUGAAGGGAUGGGGGUGGGGCACAGAGGCUCUCGAUACAAUAGGGACAGGAUAAUGGAACUCCAAUACGUCACUCGGGCAGGAGGAGGCACAAAGCCUCCCCACGUAAGGCCUGCCCAGACAGAUAAGCCACCUAUUCUAAACAAGACAUAACAAGCAUAGUCUAAGCUCAAUGCUGACCAGGAGCCCUGAGAUGCAGUGCCUGGCCGGUUACUAAUGAUCACGCAACUACUUUUGUACAAAACCUGGUAUUCUGGGAGGGUGUAAAUAUGUGCACGGUAUGUUACAUGCCCCUCAUACCCAUUGUAAUGUAUAAGUUUGAAAUCUGUGUUUGUAACGUGGAGUGUUGGGGAUUUCGUUGUACGAGUUUUUGUUUUCCAUUGUGCAAGCAAAAAUAAAGCAUUCAAAAAAAAAAAAAUUGUGUCAGCCACUUGGCAUCUGAUUUCGGUCUAGUCUGCGGGCUUAUAAGCUAUUUAAAGGAAUGCUAUCGCGUUUUGAAGAUAAACAUGUUUUCCUAACGCUGUAGUGUUAGCCUACCUAUCUUGAUUAUAGGCCCCAAAGAACUUAAAGCGGCACUGUCAUGCUGAACUUACCUUUCUCCUAUUGCAGGGAUAGGCAACCUUCGGCACUGCAGAUGUUUUGGACAUCACCUCCCAUGAUGCUUUGCCAGCACUAUAUCUAGAAGAGCAUUUUGGGAGAUGUAGUCCAAAACAUCUGGAGUGCCGAAGGUUGCCUAACCCUGUCCUAUUGUAUACUCUUCUCUCCCUCUCUCAAAAUCUGUUCUUCUUUUCUUUAGAAAACAAAGAAGUGUACAGGCACUCUUCUAUCUUAAUAGGUGCUAAGUAUCUAGGUAGGCCACUUCGAGUACCUCAAAAAAUAUCCAUACAAAUAUGAUACUGCACUCUAAAAAAUACCAAAUACAUCCAUAUAAGUACACGCUUCAACACUAGAUAAGUACUAGUUCAGAGAAUUUAUUGCCAUACCAGAAAACAGAUAAUCCGUUAAAUCCAUGUAGUUUAAUACAAUCCGUUAUCAAUACCACAUCCCACCAUAACCACCGUGGCUAUCCUUGGUGCUUAUUUACACUGAAUAGUGGUAGUAGUUAACAUAAUUUGCAUGAUAUAGUCAAAGGAAUGUGAAAAUGCUGAAUGGUUAACUUAUCUUGUUCCUAACACACGUUGUUAAUGAUACACCACAAUAUGAUAAAGCGACCCAAACAAGUCCGACCCAGUCAAUAGUUCUAGUUUCUAAUUGCACUUUGCACCAGGGAACCAUAUGAGUGAGGCUUCUUGCCAGUUGAAAAAAUUUAAAAAAAGGAAAAAACAAUAAAAAAUUGAAUCAAAAAAUGUAUUUACAGUCUUAGUGUGUGCACACUCUGGAAGUCAAUAAUAGGCAUUGUAUAUGCAUAGUCAUUAGUUAGAUCUCACCCAUAUAUGUAGUUGGGGUAGAGCUGGAGCACUUUCUGUAGAUAAUCCUUCUGUAAAUGUUGCAGUAUGCAAGGCUCCAGGGCCGAGGUUUCUGUGAUAGUAGUUAAUGCCUGCUCCUAUGGGUGAUAAAUGGUUGCUCCUGAUGCAAUGUACGAUCCAGGGUCUUUUAUUUAUUUCUGAUCUAGUUUUCUUUAAAACAUAAAAAAAUGUAGGGACUUGGUUCUCUAGCCUUUGCAAGACUGGACGCAGGAAGCCCCCCUCUUGUGGCUUUCUGAGUGACAAACACUGAAGGUGGCUUUAAGCAGCAGUGUAAACACUGCCUUUUCCCAGAAAUGGCAGUUUUUACACUGCUGAGGCUGCAGAGACAGUCUCCUGCCUAUAGAGUAGGGAGAAACACUGACUGUCGUUUCCAAACAGUACAAAAGUAUAUGCAAUAUUUUCUAAAUACAAUCAACAAGAACAAAUUAAGUAUCCAUUCAUUCCAAAUUGCACUAUUUCAGAAAUGCAGGCACAAUUUUUCAUACAAUGUAAUUUUCCAAGAAGUAAACUAUGAAAUAUAUAAAUAGCCACCAAAGGAAAUCGAUUCACAGUGCAAGCUCUCUGCCUUGUAAUGUGUUUCCUACUAUAAGAUUGCAGGCAGGCCCUUGAUUUAAGGCAUAUCACGUUUAAGCAUUGAACCGUGUAAGCAUAUCAAGUAACUGCGCUACUGUGUAAAUUGUUGGUGGUAUGGAAAAAAAAAAACAAAACGCAUUAUGUUUAUUUAGACAUAUUUAUGGAUUGUGUACAAGUCUAAUCUAUUGAAGGUUUAGUCAAAAUAGUAAAAAAAAAUCAUUAUUUAUUAUUAUUUAUCAUUUUUUAAUUGUAGUAAUCUUUCAAAGCCAAUGCCAGGACAUACUAGAAUGAUUUGAAGAGUUGCUUCAUUUUAGAUUUGCCUUUUUCAUUAGUCAGGUUACUGGGAAAUCUGAUUCACAUGCUGAGUGACCGUAUCACCAGAAAGAAACAAAAGUUAAAGGAACACCAUAAGCACCAACACACAUUUAGUUUAAUGAAGCAGUUUUGGUGUAUAGAUCAUGCCCCUGCAGUCUAACUGCUCAAUUUUCUGCUUUUUAUUUGUUCAGCCCCUCCCCUUUAUGUGACCUACACAGCCUCAUUACACAUUUCCUGUAAAGAUAGAUCUAAUGUUUAAACUUCGUUUAUUGCACAGUCUAUGUAAUUUAGAAUGUUGUGUCCCCUGCUCCAUUAAAAGCCUGCAGUAGCCUCUUGUGUGUUUAAAGUUCAAUUAACAGAACCGGAAAUAAAAACUUCUAAAGUAAACACACUGUGCUGUCACAUCUUAUUGAAAACUAAACAUUUUUACAUGAGUGAGUCCCUGCCAUGGGAAGUGUGGAUAUGGCUGCAUAAACAGAAACAAAAGUGAUUUAACUCGUAAAUGGCUGAUAUUUGAGCAAUAAAACUGCUUGGGGCUUGAUCUAUACACAAAAACAAAUUCAUUUCGCUAACGUUGGUUAGGUGCUUAGCGUAUUACUUUAAUUAAGAAAAAUGGGAGAUAUCUGGUAAGAAAAGACUUGCAGCCUUUCUCCCAUGUCUUCCACUGAGUCCGUCUUGGAAACUUCACUUCUAGGAGGUCUGAAUAUUAGAUGUUUUGUGUAAACCACAGAAUUCUACAACAUUAAAACAUGCAUUAAAGGGACACUCCAAGCACUAUUGUAUUGGUUUGGGGGCUUUUAGGCUUUGUUUUAGUCCCUUGUUUUUUUUUUGUCAAACUACUUUUGAAUGUUUUGACAAAAUGCAGUGGAUUCUGAAGCCCAUAUCCGCAACUUGACAAGUCAUAGCUUGAAGGUCUAACUUCUCUGUCCAAAUAUGUGUAUGGCAUUUACUAAUACAUGCAGAUUUCUUUCAUCUACUACAUUCCACAAAGGAAAACAUCUGUACAUUAAAUGUCUGAUCAUUGCCAUGUUGCUUCAGAUGCAAAAAACGGGGAUUGAUUUUAUGAGAACUCCCUACAGUAAGUAUAGUAAAUGCUGCCUUAUUGCAAGCAUGUGUGGAGUAGAUGUGUGAUACACCAGAAUAAACUUCCCUUAGUAGAUGUUCACUUGUUCCAUACCUCUCCUACUACAUUUAAAAAGCUGUUUCUAAUUCUUUUUCAGGGUCAACAAUUUUAUUCCUUAACACCUUGCCUCCCCUGAACCAUGGCGGGGGACAUUACAGAGGCAGGAGAGCUAUAUUCUCCAUUUGUAAGUAGUCCAAAUAUUCUUUACCUGCCUGAAAUUGUUAGACUAGUAUAUCUACAUAUUUUUGUUAGGACUGCGAUCACUAUUUCAUUUACACUAAUCCAAUUUCAUUCCUGCCAUAGAACCUGCUGCUGCUAAUUAAUCAUCUGAUGUGAUGUUGUUUCACAGAAUGUAUUAUGUAAUUAACAUCAUUUAUCAUGCAUAGCUUCCUAAUAAUGUAUUCUGUUCUUCUUAAAUACCAUAAUUAAGCCUAUUCUCAUUCCAUGUGUGUAUCACUGAUCUUAAUGAGCAUAUGUCAAAUAUAGUCUUAUAGUUAAGGCAGACUAAAAUAUCCUUUUUAUCAUUAGAUAUGCAUUGAUGUGACACGCCAAUCAGUCUUGAUAUAAGUGAACGUGUUUGUCAAAUCUUGGAUUCUGUUUUUUUGGAAGACCUAUACCUACCUAAUGUUUCUUCAUUAGGGCCAAAAUAGCUGAACUGGGAGCGAUUCGCCAACUCGCCUAUGUUUCCAAACAGGUUAUUUGAGGCUUAUGUGUAAUGUACCAUGCUCGGAGACUGUGCGUGCUCCUUUAUAACUUUUACUCAUACAGCUACAGCCUACAUGAUACUGGUAUUAUUUCAUCCUAAAAAGAACACUGGUGAUGCUAGAAUUAAUACUGCUGUUUCUAGUACCUUACACAUUGCAAACUGCUUCAUUCUUAGUUUUCAUGAUAACUUAAAAUUGAGGUCCUAUCUGCUAUACAGUUUUUUACCGUACAGUCAGUGGAAGAGCCAGCCCCAAUUAUCUUAAAGCGGCUCUGUCAUCCCCGUUUCAAAAAAGGAGUAUUUCAUAACGAUGAGAUCAAACUCACAUUGACUAUGUCGUAAUUUCACUGAAAUUCCAACCCAGUCAAAAUAUUUCUGAGACAAAGUAGGGACUGCUUUGUCUCAGUAUUUUCAUACUUUUGACAAAGCUUGAGAAAAGGAGAAUCUACCACCGGCAAGCCUUGUCAUGUUCCCCAGCUGUCUUGUGUGGAAAUAAAGCUCCUUCAAUGGAGGAUCUCACGAACAUAUGUUAGAGUACAUUGCUGAUGUUGGCUCCUGCCAGCUGUUGAAAAGGAGCAGACGGAAGAGGAUGGCAGCGUCCAAAUGGGACACGCCAUGGUUCCCUGGUCCAAGGGGCUCUGGGACCUUUUAAUAAUUUGCAAUGAUCCUAGCAUUAUAAAUGAUGCUAAUUCAUGAUCUUGUAUCAUAAUAGAUUCAAUGUAAGUGGCACUUCAGCUCUCUGUGCUUAGGAAUAGCCUAGCUGGUCUACGCAGAAGUAAGUUCCCGACGGCACAAUAAAAUUUUAUCUGACUCAGAUUUUUAUGUUUGCUGAAGCAGUAUUGCGAUCAGGAAGUGUUGAAACGAAGAUCUCGUGUCUUGUGACGACUUGUGGCUAAACUUGUGGGGAGACACGGAACACCAGAGCUGAGCUAUGCAACACGUGUGCAUUCUGAUUGCAGAUUGUGUUCAUAAUUGUUGUUUUUUUUUCUAUCUGUUCCCCAUGCAGGUUGGUCUUGUGUAUAUGUUCAAUCUGAUAGUUGGUACAGGUGCCCUCACUAUGCCCAAGGCCUUUGCACAAGCCGGAUGGUUAAUUAGUCUUAUUCUCCUCAUAUUUCUGGCGUUUAUGAGGUGAGCGAGCAAGAUUUGUCAUUUAAGCUCAUCAUGCACAUAAAUGGAUUUUGCAUGUAUUUCCAUGUUGGUUUCAUUUGGUUUCUUUUUAUUUGAUAUUUUUUCUGGUUUGGCUUUUUUUCUAGUUAUGUAACAACAACAUUUGUAGUGGAAGCAAUGGCCGCAGCCAACGCUCAGCUACGCUGGAAGAAACGUGAAAAAGAGGAGGUAAGUUCUGUUUAAAAGACUAAUAUAUGGAUCCCCUAUAAAUCAAGGUUCAUCCAUCGAUCCUGGAAAAGCCUAUAGACAACUGAACCCCCCAAAAUGACCAAAAUAAAUGGUUAAAAGUGUUCUCUGCACAGAGAGAGCCCCAAAGGUUUUCCCUAAGUAAAUGCAAAUAUAUGUAUAAACGUAAUCGUUAUUAAACGUUAAAGAACUUAAAAGUUUCAAUCACACAGUGGACAGUGACAUGGUAGGGUGGGUGGAGGUAUAUAGAACGUAUGGCUUGGAGCUGGAAAGUAAUAGAUCAAAUUCAUAGUGGUCAACGAAAGUAUUAAACCUCCUGUACACCAGAAGACUCUCAGCCCCUAUGGAUAGUCUGUUCAAAAUAUAUGUGGACAUGCUAUUUUAUCUUCUCUUCUGUGUCCCUUCCUUUAUCCACUUCCACAGGAUGCUGACCUUUCAGACGGGUCAGAUAAUGAUGGUCCGACUCCAUCUGGGUACGACCGAUCAGAGAUUCAACCCAUUCUUUCUGUCCGUGAGUAUAUAGUUACAUAGUAAUCUGGGUUGAAAAUAGACCGACAUCAGUUGAGUUCAACUUUCAAACACAUUUUUUCAUGCUGUUGGCCAGUUUGUCACAAAAGAGAGAAAGUAAAUCUACCUACUACUACCCUGUGUCCAUCUUGAAAAAUUCCCGUUAGCAACUACUGUACUUUAUCUUUAAGCCAAUGUGCAAUCCAAAAUAUAAAUAAACAUUCUAAGCCAAUUGCUUUGAACUGACAUAGGAACAAUUUCAAAUACUGUAGCGAAAUCACAAUUAGAUACCUUCCACUGCAAAAUCCUGAUGUAUAUUUUUACUGACUUUCUGCCUAUUUUUGGAUCUUACACCCCUGUAAAACUAUCAGAACAAUAGAGCUGUUUCUUUUCGGUAAUGGGAAAAAAGUGUGUAAUAUUAGCAUUCAGAUUUCUCCUUGGAUCAAAAAAUAUACUAGACCAAGAAUAAUUAAAUAUAAUAGACCUAGAAUAAUUAAAUAUAAUAGACCUAGAAUAAUUUAAUAUUAUUUUAUUUAAAAAAAACAAAACACACACACAAAAAAUAUAUAUAUCUGAUGAUACAUCCUCUUUAGGGAGAGCAUUCCACGUAUUUAUUAUAAAACGCAUUUUUAAAAAAAGUUUCAAUUAACAAAACUUUCUUUAAAUAUAAAUAAAAGAAGAGGUUUUUUUUUUUUUUUUUUUUUUUUUUUACUUUUUUUUUGUACUUCUGUGGAUAGCCCAAACACACCGACUGCAAGUAGGGCAAACCACCAUUACUCUAGGAACCUCCCCCACUUUGUAUUAAAUACUGUUGCUUGUCCUUAGGGUAUAAUGUUUGGCUGUUGUGGCUGCUUUCUUCUGUCCCCUUGUAAUAUUUAAUCAAGCUGUUUUAUUCAAUAUGCAGCUGAGACAGACAACAAACAGACAUGUAGUGAUACACUAACUAUUGCCUUGAUUUCAUUCUAUAUGCUAAAAGCAUUUAUAGACUUUUCCUGCCAAUUUUUGUUUUAAUCAAAUUAAUUUAAUGCCAGCUGAAGUUCAAGCAGCCAAACCCAAUAAACGGGUCGGCCGCUUAAAAUAAAACCACAAAUAAAUGUGCAUUGGAAGUACAUUUAUCGGUCUUUAAUGACCAUUUAAGAAAUGUUUUUAAAAAAACCUCUUGAAAAGAGUCCCAUAUUGGUAUAGGGGAUGUUAACAUCCCUUAUGCCCCCCAUCUAUGCAAACUCCAAACAUCAUGACAACGUCAAAAGACUGAGGUGGUUACGGUACUUGGCAGUAACCCUUUAACUAGAUCCUAUUGUUGUUAUGAACAAUGUUGUAUAUCGAAAAUAUGACACCUUUGUGAUUGUCACAUUUAGCAACCUAAUGUCAUUACUAAAAGGCCACUCAUUAGUGUAGGUUUACAUGAUUUAUUUUAUUCACUAUUGGGGAGUGGGAUUAUAAAUGUUUGAUGCUAUUUUCUCCACACCUAUAAAAAUUUAUUGGUUUGGUUAUCAUGAUCUGUUUUGACAUAUUUCAGAACAUCGGGGUUUAUCAGAUCCAUUUGAAAUAGCAGAGAGAGUUGAAAUGGGACAAAUGGCGUCUAUGUUCUUCAAUAAAGGUAUGAAUUAAGUAGAAACCAACACAAACUCGUCUACGAGGACGAGUUGCAAUGACCAGUAUCUUCUGCAUUCUAUACACAACAAGAUCCAUACAAAACAUCGACAGUGUAUCCACGGAGCUUAGACCUUAGAUUCCAAUUUUUAUAUUUAAUUGCAGAUCUUUCUUUGUGCCGAUACUGGUAUAACAUACCAGUGUUAACUCCCUAUCUUAAACUGCAAAAUAAACAUUUGCUUAGUUGCCAUCAUUCUUGUUACAGAUAACUUGUAUUUUGAUAGACUUGCCAUCCAGAACAUUAUUUCCUUACUCUGACAUUUUUUCCCUUUUCUUUGCAGUUGGAGUAAACCUAUUUUAUUUAUGCAUCAUUAUAUAUCUUUAUGGUGAUUUGGCUAUAUAUGCAACAGCCGUACCUCUGUCUUUGGUGCAGGUCACGUGGUAAGUAAUGGACGUGUGAUGAAAAACACCACGUACCAGAUUGUAUUACCUCGGAUAUUUUCCACAGUCUUCGCUUUUGUCAAAUAUCUUAUUUUAAAAUCUCGGGUAAGGAGGGUCAACAUGUGACUUUAUUGAUCUUCUCAGCUUUUCUGUGAACGGUUCAUGUGGCACUCACGCGGGAGAGCGGAAUGACACGGAUCCAUGCUGGGGAAGUAUCAGACGGAUCGAUGCUUACAGGAUCUAUCUGGUAAGAUGGACCUUAGUGAGUUAUUAAAUUAUAGCACGUGAUUUUACAAUUUCAGUUUGCAGUUUUGUCAUUUUUGCUAUGUGUUUGUUUAACUGUGCUUUCUCUCCUUUAGUAUACUUACAAAUAGUAUACAUUUCUUAAGGACAGUGAAUAGUAAGUUACCCAAUUUAUUUUCUAAGCUGCAUUACUUGCCAAUGACAAGUCAUAAAUGAAAACGUCACUCUAAGCACCAUCACAACUUUGCAUAUCCUGCCACUCUGAACUGUAAAAAAGGGAGACGCAAUACCUUGUUCACGCAGCAUGGUAUACAUUUCAUCCAAUGUAUACAUGAAGCAUGCACAAGUACGGCUUGGGCUGAGAUAUCUCUUCCCUUUUCUGAAUUAGUUAUUAUGAUUUUAAUAAACUGCAAUAAUUACCUGCUAUGGCUAACUCCUCCUUUAAUGGCUGCCACCAGGCAGCCACUAGAGGGACUUCUGGGUGCUUAAGCGACUUUUGGUUGCCUAAAUGACACUGAUCAUCCUCACGCUAUGCAUGAGGACUUCUAGUAGCACCGGAAUCCCCAUAGGAAAGCAUUGAAAUGUUUCCUAUGGGGAAAUCCUAAUGCGAGCGCAGCCAUUGCAGGGGAGGAGUCACGGCGGACCUGAGCCAGCACCGAGGGACAUCAGCGCUGGACCAAGGUAAGUGAACCCCUUCUGCACCAUGCGGGGGGGCUUGACGGAAGGGGAAACUAGAGUGACAGGAUAAUAGUUUGUAUUCCUGGCACUAUAGUUUCCUUUUAAUGUCCUCUUGCAUUCAUACUUAUAGCCACUAGAGGUGGACUUAACCCAGCAGUUUAAACGUUGCAGUUUCCAAAAACACUGCAGUUUUUUUACAUUGUAGGGUUAAAAAGAAAAGGGACACUGCAUCCAGACCACUUCAUUGAGAUUAAGUGGUCUGGGUGACUGUAGAGUCCUUUUAAACUUGAUGGAGUUUUUUCAGCAUACAUUACAAUACUGCGGUGGGCAGUAUGUAAACGUAAUGUAUUCAGUAAAAACUGCAGUGAUCAUGUGGGGAAUAUCCACUAGAAUACUGCAGCACUAGAGUUCUGCAUCUAUUAAUUCUGUGUCCUUCACCUGAAAAGUCACAAUGGGGAGGAGGGAUGCGAUAUGGUAACAUCAUCUACAGCAGAGGCACUUUAAUUGUUUUGAUAAGAGACGAGAUACGCAAGGUACACAAACAAAAUAGUACUAAGCAGUUAUACCCUCCAAUAAAGUUUUUUAAUUGUCUGUUGGAAAAUUUGGUUUAAAGCUCCAUUUUUAUUUAUUUAUUUAUUUAUUUUACAAUCUUGUUUUUAUUGAAAGAUUUUAGCACAGGAUUUACAAGUAAUAGAGUGAAAAUAAAGGUCAUACAGUAGGAUUACAGGUAUGCAUACAAAACAAGAAAAAUUUCUUGGCCUAUUGUCGACCAAUAAAAUAGUAUGUAAUGAGCACAGUGCCAUUAAUCGUUAGAAACAUAUCUUCAAUCUUUCCAAUCCAUACAGUGUGCGAAUGGGUUUCGCUAAAGAACCCGAGUCUGCAUCUGGUUGCAUUGUACCAUUUGCUUGGUAAAUCAGACAGAAGGUUGCUUUUUUUUUUUCGGUUUCACCUCCUUUUCCCUUCCCUUUUUUUCCUUCCCCUUCUUUCCAUUUUCUUUUUUUUUUUUUUUGACAAUCUCGUUUUUAGCAGAGAUUGUGCAGAACAAUCAGGAGUUAAUAGACAUAUGGAACAUUUAGACAGUGAUAGCAGUGAUACAUUUUCUAACAUCACAAUAAGUAGAUUUCCAACAUUUUCUAAACCAUAUUGUGGGUACCCUCUGCUAAUUGGAUUGGCACUAAGGAAAUGUGUGUGGCUCGUAUGUGUGCAGCUUGGUCGUGUGUCAGGAUUUGUUGCGUCAAAAUGUGACUCCACAAGGAGCCCAGGAGAGCUAUCCGCAUCUGCCAGGGGAUGUCAGGACCACGGAAUCUAUGCGAGGUAGGUGAGUGGAGGGCGAAUAUGCCUCCAGUGCAUUCUAUAGCACUAAUCUGUGAAGCCUCGUGUUAAGCCGUCCCUAAGUUGGUACCUGCUUGGAUCUCCAUCAAGUCCUCCGCAGCCUGAGCCUUUCCGUGACACAUCAUAGUAGCCAUUGGCCCACUGAGUAGUUGGCCCCUAUGCACUAAGUAAGGUUUUUCUCUUUAUCAGCCAACUCUCUCUGCCAUCAGCAGACCUGUGGCUAGUAAUACAUGCACUAAGGGGCAGUAUGAAAUAGAAAAAUAGGAUAUGUGAUUGGAUAGCGUAGUAGGGGGAGAAGUUAGGGGGAGGGCAAGCUGUUGAGAAAGGUAAGGUAGGCAAUAUAGAAGACGGAAGAGUGAGCAGCACUGGCGUGACUGCCCCCCAGCCCCCUCAAGGCCACACAGUCUGUUUUCCAUCUCCUGUAGCCCAGAUAAUACUGUCCUCAGGUGUAGUGUGGUUAAUUUUGUGUGCUUAAGUACAGCAUCCACGUCCUCCAGAUUUCCUCAUGUUUGUUCAGCCUACCCCAGGCCACGGCUACCCCCUCCUCCAUCUGGCGUAUUUCAGUCUUGGAAUGUUGGGGGUCCUUCCGACACCAGUUCGUGGGAAUCUGUGAGCGUGCCGUCGUCAACAUGUGUCUCGAGAAUGAUCUCUUGAACUUCGAGACUGGGAGCAUGGAGCAGUUGAGUAGGACAUCUGCUGGAUGCCAGACGACUCCCUCAUCUGCCACCUCCAGCAUUGCUGUGUGAACCUUUUUCCAAUAUGGGCAAUCCCAAAAGAUAUGGAGUAGAGUCCCUGGUCCAUUCUCGCACCUCCAGCAGAUGUCGGGCACAUCCAGGAAGAAUUUGUGGAACUACUGUGGUGUAUCAUACCAGUGGGUAAAAAUCUUAGUUUGUUUCCUUAUAGUUUGCGCAGAGUGAGCUGAGGUAGGUAAAUGUUGCCAUCUUAUCCAACUCCUUAUCUGUGAAUGUCAUGUUGAGUGCUUCUUCCCAUAGCGAUUGGAAUCUAGGAGGCAGAACCUUAUCAGAUGACUUCAGCAGUUGGUAAAGCGUAGAUAUAUGAGCUUUCGUCCUGCUGCACAUAUCUUCUACCAACGUCAGAGGCUUGGCGAGCCGCAGUUGGGUAGUUAUAGUGGCUGUAAAGUGACAGAGUUGAUGGUAUCUGAAGGUUUUCAUAGCUGUGGGUGCUCUGGAGUGGUUUUAUUGUCCUGUUGUUAGACAGGUCAGACAUACGAGCCUCCUCGUAAGAAAUCUAGUGCUCGCCUGUCGAGGCCCGGUGGGAAAGCUGGGUUUCCCGAAGCCAGGUACAUAAGGCCCCCUUGUGGUGUUAGAGAGAGUUUGUGCCUUAUUUGAUACCAUACUGUCAGUGUGGCACCUAUGAAUGGCUGUUCAAUAAAGGAUCUUGUCUCCCCCUCGGAUAGCUAUACCGCGGACGCUAUUCGUCCCCCGGCAUCUCACGUUCAAGGCUGCACCAGAUCUUUCUGGUCCCGGUCUUAUGCCACUCCACUAUUCUGGUCAGAUGAGUAGCUCUAUAGUACGUUUGAAAUAGGGGUAGUCCCAACAGCCCUUCAAGUUUAGAUCUCCGGCCUCUCCAGAUGUAUUACACUACCGCUGUGUUUAGGGAUUUGAAGAAAGUGACCGGUAGAGUCAGGGGUAUAUUCUGAAAAAAGGUAGAGGAUCCUAGGGAGGGCAUUCAUCUUUAUGGAGUUGAUUUGCGCGGUCCAGGAGAAGUGGGGUGUUAGCCCCAUGACUUCAUGUCGGACUGGAGGCAGUUGAGGAGUGGUUGGAAGUUAAAUUGAUACAACAUCUGUAAAUCCCGUGGUAUCCAGAUCUCCAUGUAUUUUAGCCAAUCCUGAGACCAAUCAGACCAGAGAUCUUUAACUCCUCCGAUUUAUCCAGGUUGAGUUUAAAAUUGCUCAGUUUUAAAACUCCAUUUUUAAAAUACCUUUUCCUUUUGGAUGUGGGCUUAUAUUGGUAAAUCUUAUGUAAGUAUUACAUACAUAAAGAAAUAUUGCCAUACAUUAAUCCACACACAUCUCCUGCUUACAUUCCAUCUUUUAGUACCAUAUUUGACAUAUACUUCAUAUAAUAGGCAGGUUGUGCAAAAUAUACUAUAUAUACUUUAUAUAAUCCACAAAGAGUGUACUCCUAGGGCUUUUAAAUUCAAAUUAGUGUUUUAUUUUAGCAAAUAAAUGCAUGUAAAGUCGACGUUUCAGUCCAAACUGACUUUUAUCAAGACAAUUUACAACAGUGCAACAACCGUUUAAAUAUACAACUAUUGAAAUGUGAUUGGAGAGUGAAAAAUGAAACAGAGGUUCAGUGAUGUCACUGAUGGCGUGUAAAGAUUCGAAAAACGUAAUAUGGUACUAUUAACCCCUACAGGAGGAGUGAAUUGCUGGUGAAAAAUAGAAGUGAAAGAACCUUAUCUACAGAUAUAUAUAUAUAUAUAAUAUGAAUAUGUACAAGGGAUUAUUUACAAGCCACAGAAAGUAUAGAUGGAGAAACCCGAGUCCGCUAGAAUUUAGUGGUAUAGACCAAGUGCAUAUAAAUAUAAAAACAAAAUGCACGGGCACCCAGUCCCUCCACCUAUCAUACAGGAAGAACCUUAUUACCCAACGAGAGAAAUUUCAGUUAAAAAGUCAAAGGUUAACUGAAUACAUAGAGAGGUGCAAAGCUACAGACUAUACAAGCCAUCAUAUACAGUAUCCAGAUCUAGGUGAAAUCAUCAUGGUAUACUAUACACUAAUCAAAAUAGAACAUGAUACAUUCAACGUCUCGGGUUGAAACAGUGUAGCGGAUUCUUCUCAUUAAGUCCAUAUGGGGAAAGAGUCCCCGGUGUAUAAAUCCAAUAAGCCUCCCUCCUCAAAAGCUGGUUAUCCCGAUCACCUCCUCGGGGUGACUGGGGUACAUGAUCUAUACCCAUGAACCGGAAUGAUGGUAGGGUAUGUCCUGCCUCCAGGAAAUGUCUGGCAACCGGAGUAGUGGCAGAGCCACUCAAUAAUGCUAGCCGGAUGGCUGAACGAUUCCCCCUCAUCCGUUCUCUAAGGUCAUUAGAAGUUUUCCCAAUGUAGACCAAGCCACAUGGGCAUAUAAUACAGUAUACCACGUGGGUCGUAGUACACGUAAUCUUGUAGCAGAUUAUAGAUUUUCCCCGUUCUUGGGUGAGGGAAUACUUUCCCUGGGAUCAUAUUGCUGAAUGCCAUACAUUUGAGACACCGAUAGCAUCCCGGGUGCUUAUUUAAUGUAUUCUCCUGUAUUUGUGUGUAUUGGUCUGUGUGUAUCAAAAAGUCUCUCAAAUUUUUGCCCCUCCUGUAACUCAUAGUGGGGUGGGGGGGGGUGUUGGAAUUGAGUAGGGAGAGAGGGAUCUUUUCUUAAGACUUCUAGACUGAUCAUUUCUUUGUCACUGGGCAAACAUUAAAAAUUAGCAGUGGAUCAAAUACUUCUCUCUUUUCCUUUUCACUGGAAGGCCAGCUUGGCAGAUGGCAGCAGUCAACCUGUUUCACAACAUUGUGGACUGGACUGUUUGUCAAUUGAAAGAAACUGCAGUAUGGCUUCUAUCAGUUAUAAAGCCGCUACAAGACAUUUGGAACUGUUCGUGAUAGAUAAACUGCUUACCCCAUAAACAUCUGCUAGACAGGUGUUAAUGAGAUAAAAUCAGAAACCAUGGAGCAGAAGAGACUCCUAAUCAAUGGAGCCUCUUCCUGGGGGAGGGAUAUCGUAAAGCUGCAAUCAGCUUGUCUCGGUUAUGCAUCUCCCAGAACAUUGAAGGUAAAUAUUUUUUAUAUUUUAUUUAUUUGCAUUACUUUUUUAAUGUAUCAUCUAUAUUGUAUUAAAAAAUGGGUCAUUUUUAAGCAUUGUUCAUAGAUUAUAAAAAAAGUAAUUUUGAGUGCCCACAGGGAAGCAUUGGGAGGCUACUGCGCAUGCAUAGCAAAUUGCCAGGCAUUGAUUAAGUGUAUGCAUACUUUUGGGGAACGUUCGGCAUCUCCAUGCAAUCUCUGCAGGACUGAACCAAGUUCCUAUAGUGACUGUCAGAGUGAUUACCUCUAGAGGUGGUCAUAGGCAGCAGCCAUUUCACAGAUAAGGUAGUGUUUACACUGUUGGCCUUGCAGUUACAGGCUAAAUGCCCCACAACCACCACAUUAAGCUGUAAUGGUGCUGGUGACUUUAGUGUCCCUUAAAGGACAGUACAUAUGUAAAUAUAUGUUUCACUUUGUUUUAUUAUCUAUUGAAUAUAUAACUGAAACUUACAAUCUUAUUUCUUUUUUCUAUUCAGGUUGUUUUCACUGUGUUUCUUGGUCCUUUUACCUUUUUCAAUGUACAGAAGACAAAGUACCUCCAGAUCCUGACCUCUCUAAUGAGAUGGAUUGGUAAGUGAGAUGUCAUAUAAAGGUUUCAGGGGUUUUUUUUGCUUAGUUUUUUUGCUGUAAUUAAUUAUUUUAUCACAUAUUUGGAAAAAUGUAUAUAUAAAAAUGAAUAUGUUCAACAAGCUACAAUUAAACAUUGAUUUUUUCCUAAGACCUGUUAUCUGGAACUGUGAUCACUGCACCCAGAAUAAAAUACAGGUUGCCCACACUUUAUGAUUUGCCUGUGUAACGAUGGUUCGGACUUACGACCAACUCUCAACGCAGGAAUUCAAAGGAUACCCCACAUUAGAGAGCUGGUCUAUGUUCAGGGAAUUUUUGCGAAACAUAGAUAAGAAGGAUUCCUUGCGCUAGUAAGCUGUUCUCUAUUUGGAGGAAUUCCCCGAACAUAGAUCUGCUUUCGAGGGCAUUCGAGACUCUGCAUCCUCCCUUACCAACCAACUCGUUUUACGACCGAGUCGUAGGAGCGUAACUCGGUUGGUAAGUGAGUAUCACCUGUAACAAUUUUGUUAAAGGGGCAGUCCAAGCAACAUAGCCACAACAGCUUGCUAUAGUGGUUAUGUUGCCUAGAGUGAAAUCAUAUCAUUUAUAUCGAUAAUGUCAAAUUAACACUGUGUAACUUAGAGCUGUAGUAAUGUUGCCUAGUUUGCCCCUUCAAGUAACUGUCAUGUCCUCAACUCGCAUUGGGUUUAAAUUGUUUUUAUUUUGCUAUUCUUUUAUAAAAUAUAUCCCUAUGGAUUUUAUAUAUUUAAAUAAACAACAACUGACAGUUUUAAUACUGCACAAUAUGCUCAUGAAAAAAAAUAUACUGGCAUGUAACAAGAAUAAAUUCAUUUUAGACCCCUUUUAAUUCAUGACCAUGUGCAAAGAUAAGAGGCACAGAGGGUAGAUAAAAGCAUAAAUCUAAUCCUUCCCUUGGUGUAUAUAAAUAUGACUACUUGCUUGCCUUGAACAUUUGUCAAGCACAUUGAAAAGGAAAGCUUCAUAAACCAGAUGAUGUUUGCCAGUCCCAACCAUUCCCAAGUCAUUUUAAUCACAGAAUUCUACUCCCUGCAGAUAUUGACCUGAACUGCCCAUGUUCCGAGUUGGAUUCUGUCCUUGUAACACCAAGGGGAAUAGGGAAGGAUGGUGUCAAGGGCUUCUCCUUGUAUUGAUUUAUGGAGCAAGUAAUGAGUUUUCACAGUUUUACUGCCACUGUGUUCUUUUCUGCGACAGUGUCAUAAAUCGUAGAUGUAAAAUGUUUAACUCUCAACUGUCCGUCAGCAUUGCAUGUGACGUCUUAUAAUAGGAGAGACUGACCACAGAUAGGAAGGGAGCUCUGUAAUUCUGUUUCAUGUCAUCCUAAUUAACCCAUUCCUUUUUACCCCACUGCAGCUUUUAUCAUCAUGAUUGUAGUAGCGUUGGUACGGAUUGGUGAAGGCAAAGGGGCAGGCCACCCACCUCUUGCACAGUUCUCAGGGAUUCGUAACCUGUUUGGAGUCUGUGUUUAUUCGUUCAUGUGCCAACAUUCUCUGCCCUCCUUGAUCACUCCUGUGUCAAGAAAGAAGCAUUUGACAGGACUUGUACUAGUGGACUACAUCUUGGUUCUUUCAUUCUACAGCCUGCUCUGCUUCACGGCCAUUUUCUGCUUCAGUUCAGGAGCCUUAAUGGAUAUGUACACCCUCAACUUCGGCACCUGCAGCCCCUUUGUACCGCCAGUGAUUGGCUAUUUUCUUGGUCUGUUCCCAGUAUUCACUAUAAGUACCAACUUCCCUAUCAUUGCCGUUACACUACGCAACAACUGGAAGACCCUUUUCCAUCGUGAGGGUGGAACCUACCCAUGGCUUGUUGACCGUAUAGUCUUUCCACUUAUAACACUGGUGCCUCCCAUCAUUGUGGCAUUUUGUACUAACCACCUUGAAAUACUAGUUAGUGUCACUGGUGCAUACGCAGGUAAUGGCAUUCAGUACGUGAUUCCGGCAUUUCUGGUAUUCUGCAGCCGAAAGGAUUCCGCCUUAGUCUAUGGACCUGAACUUGGCAAUAAACAUCUUUCUCCCUUUCGGCAAUCUGGCUGGGUGUGGUUUGUGCUUUUCUGGGCGCUGACCUGUUUUAUCUACGUCACAGCCAAUAUUAUUCUGACUGAUGUCAACCUGUAAACAGGAGCAAGCCUGUCUCAGAAAGUCUGAACCUCAUGAAGGAUGUAAGAACUGGCCAUGGAACGAUAACGUGCCCUCCACUGCCACAAUGUCACUUUUUCAAGUUAUGAGGCUGGUCCUCAUAUUUUGUCGAAACCCACCCCCUUCCCUUCCUCAGAACACUGCAUCCCUGUAGGAAUUACUGUUGUGUUUUCAGAGUGGAAUAUAACAGCAGCUGGCAUGAUGAACUUCACUCUGAAUUCCAGACUGUGAUAUGUAUUUAAGUGAUGCCUGUCUCUCAGUGCCUUGCUCUUUAAUCAGAUGGAGGGAAAACUGCAAAGAUGGUACUGCCUGUACUUAUGCUGUCUUAAAAAAAAUAUCAGAUUAAGACUGAGGUUUGUCCAAGUACUUGUUCAUCCUCCGUAAUGAACCGCUCAUAUACCUCUUUAUGUGAAACAAGGUGGCCGGUUGCACUCAUCAAGAGGAUGCCGACACAUGCCCUGGCCUCGGUUCCUAAGCCUUUCUCGUUCUUUGUGGCCAGGAGGUGGUUUACAAGACCUGCUGCUAUAGACUAAAAUUAUUAACAAGCAGAAUAAAAGUAAAAGACAUUGGUAUGGUGUUUACCAUCCACAUGGUGUUUACUAUCCACAGGAAUCAUAUACUCCAUCCCUAUCUCAGCAUGUAUCCAGCACACCGUGAUUACGGAUGCUGCUAGUCCUGAUUAAAUUCCCCCACCCUCUUCUGCUCCCAACACCCAUCAAGAGCAGAGGUGAUUUAUGACUACAUUAUUCCAAGCUUUGAUUAAAUUUUGUACAAGAGGCAACUUUGCCUUUUACCAUUCUGACAAUAUGCACAAUAUGUUAGACUGAUAUGUUUGUGUAGUGAAAAAUGUGUACAAUGCUUGUUGUUACAUAAUAUUUGGUUUAAACCACCAAAGUGUUUUGAAAAGGAUCAAAUUGCUAAAAUUAUUUUAUUUUUCUACCCCACAAAUCCUGGGUUUCACAUUUUUUUUUUGUCUAAAUAUUUUAUUUUAAAGAGGAACUGUCACUUCUCUUGAAACUACACCUUUGAAUAAAACACCUAUAACUUGUAUUGACUUUUUUUGUUGUGUGAUGCUCUGUUUUCUUUAACCCCAUAAGGAUGCACGACUUUCUGUCGUGCUUGUAAUUCAUUCAAG